GACAUCUCACACCCGUGCACACAAGCCCCGCGAGUACAAAUCGCACAUGGCGGCAUCAGAAACUCUGACUCGAUGAAAUCUGGCUUUGCGAUCGAACAUCUUAUCGUGAUGCCGGGUACCUUAAAGCUUACUCUGUCGCCCUGCUGGCCCCUGUACGGUCCUGCACGCGGUGAACAGGGCGGCAUAAGACAAUCACUGGGACAGGAGGCAUAUGCUACCAUUGAGACCGGGACGUCUGAUUUCUCCGCUCUGCUGCAAGAUACAUGUAGCUCCGUCCCCGCCAUGUCAGUGGCAUGUGUUCAUUUGAUAGGACGAAGCUCAAAUCCAGUUUUGUGGUGUUUCCGCAGCGAAGAUCCAGUCGCGGAACCAUCUUACCCAGCACCAUUAAAUUGGAUUUGAUUCCCUCAGCCCCUAUCGUCCUUCUUUUUGUCUCUAAUAUUUUGUGCUCCUUGAUUCUCCUGUUGCCAGCCACGCCAACAUCCUGCCUGGUCGACUUUGCAGCAAUCAUGCGCAUCGUUGGCAGCAUCUUCUCACUCCUAGGCCUACAAGGCCCCAGCACCUUGUACAUUAAAAUUGCCGCUGCUGGCAUUUUAGUGGUGGGGUUCAUUUUUUUCAUAUUCUUGCUUAAUAUUCGCAAUCCAAAGACAAACUGUAAUGGCUUUCUGUUCUCAUAUGCCACUUUUUUUUACGCCAACUUCCUCAAACCAUUUAACUUUGCAGAAGGGAGGAGUCAGAAACAUGCGCUGGAAAGUUUCUACGGAACGCAGGCCAAUAUCUAUGAUUCUACCCGCAAACGUCUUCUCAAAGGUAGAGAAGAUAUGCUCGGGUUGCUGGCUGGCCAGUUGGAGUUCCAAGCUAGCCAGAAAAACGACCCUCAAAAAAAGCUGGUUUGGGUGGAUAUCGGUGGUGGAACCGGUUACAACAUCGAGGCCAUGGCCGCGUUUGUGCCUGUUGAAACCUUUUUCAGCCAUGUAUAUCUGGUUGACCUCUCGCCAUCGUUGUGUGAAGUUGCGCGACAAAGAUUUGCCCGGCUUGGAUGGAAAAACGUAUCCGUAGUCUGCCAGGAUGCACGGGAGUUUCGCCUCCCUACUGCGCCCAGUGGACAUGGAACUAGCUCAGACGAUAUGAAGGCGAAUUUGAUAACCAUGAGCUACAGCCUGUCUAUGAUUCCUGACUAUUACAGUGUUGUUGAUUCCUUAACCUCGCUUCUAAGUCCAUCGGGAAUUGUCGGCGUAUGUGAUUUUUACGUACAAAGCAUUGUUGAUUUAUCAGCCAGAAAUUAUACAGGUGGUUCAUUUAAUCGCCAUGUCAAUUGGCUUGGAAGGGUAUUCUGGCGCGCCUGGUUUGAUGUUGACCGGGUUGGACUCGAGCCGGCGCGAAGAGACUACCUUGAAUACCGAUUUGGAACGGUCAUAUCUUCUAGCGAAAGAAACUAUCUCCUCGGUGGUAUUCCAUACUACAUAUUCAUUGGAUGCCACAAACAAAGUACGGAAAACCCCGAGGCAUUGGCGAAGCUCGAUGCUGCUUACACGGAAUCACCUUACCUUUCGCCCACACGUCACCGCAAAGAGUUGUCCAAAGCAGUUGAGCAAAGCGUUCCCGGGAUAAGAUCCAAAGCAUACGAAGCAGCCAUUGUCAAUCUAAGCUCCAACUUGCCGCUACCUUCGUCGUUCUACCAGCAUCACCAUUGGAGGAUCUGGUAUGAUGAGCUUCAUCCCAAACAUACCCAGUUCAAUAAUGAAUAUAUCUACGCUUUCACGUGGGAGGACCCCCGGGUUGACCACCGAUUACUGAGAAUUGGUAGUGACGACGUGAUUUUGGCCAUCUCAAGUGCUGGCGACAAUAUACUUGACUACUUGCAAUACAGCCCGCGAAAAAUCCACGCCGUGGACCUCAACCCGAGCCAGAACCAUCUACUUGAGCUUAAAGUAGCAAGUUUCACGGCUUUGAGCUAUCUUGACGUCUGGAAGAUAUUUGGGGAGGGCAAACACCCUCACUUUAGAGAACUCCUGCUUUCUAAGCUUAGUCCUCAUCUCUCCAGCCAAGCUUUUCAAUUCUGGUUAGACCACUGCAACGUUUUUACCUCUACCUCUGGAAAAGGUCUAUAUGAGACCGGUGGCUCACGUUAUGCUCUCAAAAUGGUUCGCUACCUUUUCAACAUCUUCGGAUUGAACUCUGAGGUUAAAAGGCUCUGUGAGUCACAAACCUUGGACGAACAGCGUGAAUUAUGGCCACGGAUUCGAAACAUAUUGCUGAGUAAACCACUGCAUUGGGCCGUCGUUGGGACAGAGUGGUUUGCAUGGAAAGCGGCGGGGGUCCCACCACCCCAGAGGAAUAUGAUAAUAUCUGAUUACAUGACGAGAAAUGGCCUAUCCGGUGGGGUAAAACAAUCAUCAGAUGUCAGCGGUCAGGCUAUAUGGGAAUAUGUCGUUGACACGCUGGAUCCCGUUGUCAACCACACAUUAAUCAGCGACGAUAACUACUUUUAUUUCCUAUGCCUACAGGGCAAAUAUUCAAGGCGUUGUCACCCAAGCUAUUUAACACCCAAAUCACACUUGAAGUUGUCCACUCCGGGAGCUUUUGAUGGCUUGCGUAUUCAUACAGAUGAGAUUAACGAAGUUAUCGCGAGAAUAACUCCUGGAACGCUUACUAUUGCUGUGAUAAUGGACUCGAUGGAUUGGUUUGAUCCGGAAGGUACCGCAGCAGCUUCACAGGCAAGAGCAUUCAAUCAAGUCCUUAAAAUGGACGGUCGUAUCCUACUACGGUCCGCGUCGAUUGAACCCUGGUAUAUUAAAAUUUUUGAAGCCAAUGGAUUUUCAGCCCGGCGUGUAGGAGCUAGGUUUCCCGGAUCAUGCAUUGAUCGUGUGAAUAUGUAUGCAUCGACGUGGAUUGUAACGAAGACUGUGGAGUUGUUUCUAAAUUCUACAGAAUCAGUACGCCCGCUGAAACAGAGAACUAUUAGUGUCUCAUCAAGCAGUGUGGAUGAUCUCGAAAUCUGAAUUUGCAUGGGCAGUAUUCCUCAUACUUCUGAGAAACGUUUUGCGGGGGAGUCUGGAAUCAUGGUUCUGUUUUUACACUGAGCUCGACUUUGCUGUGCACGGAUUAUGCGUCAACGCUUCAAUAAUCAACUCUCCCCCAAAAUUCCAGCAAAGCUUUGUCUGUUAUUUACGGCAGUCUGUGUACACGUAUGCAUGUCAUGAGCAAAAUACGUCAACUGGUGUCUUGCAGACUGCACUCCUCGGGGAACUUAGGUAUAAUGCUCCAUAACCAGCUACAUAUAGUACCUACGUCUAGAUGUCCUUAGUCAUGGAGAACUGUUAACCAAAUUGA